AUGGCAGCGGGCAGGACGGAACGUACGCCGCUGGUCGCGGCGGCCCCUCUGCAUGAGCAUGCUGAGAACGAUGAAGCGCUGCUGGCGCAAGAAAGUGCCUUUAGCGCCAUGUACGGAGCCACGCACGGGGGAGAUCCGAGUGCGUCGCUGUUCAUGCCGACGGACGACAGUGUUCCCCCUCCUACGGCGGCGCCGAGUACGUACUCGCUGCUGGACAGGGUCUCGGUCAUGAGUACGAUGUGGAUCGGGACGUUUCUGGCGGCUCUCGAUACGACCAUGGUCGCGACGGUGAUGAGUCAAGUGGGUUCCGAGUUUGCGGUAUCCAACACAGUUGCGUGGCUCGGCACGUCGUACAUGCUGACGCAAAUGGCGUGUCAACCGCUGUAUGGCCGCUUAUCUGACGCGUUCGGGCGGAGGGCCAUGACGCUCCUUGCCUCGUCCGUCUUUUUCGUGGGAACGCUGUCUUGUGGGCUGUCGCGUACCUUUGUGCAGCUUUGUAUCGCCCGAGCCAUGGCAGGCCUGGGUGGGAGUGGGCUUACGUCCUUGGCCACCAUGGUCGUGUCAGACAUGACGAGGGUCCAGGCACGCGCGACGUGGCAGGGGCUGGGGAAUGUCAUUUUCGCUAUCGGCGCCGCGCUGGGGGGUCCCUUGGGUGGCGCUGUCGUGGAUGCGCAGUGGGGCUGGCGCUGGGCCUUCCUGCUGCAAGUGCCGCUGUGUGCAGCUCACUUGCUCUUUGUCUUUGCCAAGGUGCGUAUCCCGUCGGGACCGGGUUCUGUGCGCGACAAAGUCUUGCGCAUCGAUAUGGGCGGCACACUGGCGCUGUUGUGCGCUGUGGCGGCGCUGGUGGCGGCGCUAGCAUGCGGCGAUGCGGACGCGCCGCGGCUGCUGGUCUAUCUAUGGCUGGCUGGGGCCGUGAUAGGCGCCGGCGUGUUUGUGUGGCUGGAGACGCGUGUGGCGGCCGAGCCGCUGAUGCCGACGCAGAUCUUGGCGCGCCGCAUGCCUGCGUGCGUGUCGCUGGCGUGUGGCCUCGUCAGCCUGUGUCAGUUCGGCGUGUUGUACCAUGUGCCGCUGUACUUUCUCGCGGUGCAGGGCACGAGCACGGUGCAAGCGGGCGCGUAUUUGGUGCCGAAUGUCCUCGCUGCGUCGGUGUGCUCGUUGGUCAGUGGUAGGCUCGUGAGUCGCACGGGUUCGUAUCGUGCUACGGUGCUGCUCAGUGGACUGCUGACCGUGCUGGGCGCGCUGAGCAUGUGCUUCUGGAGCCGUCAAGCGACACCUGCAUGGGCCUACUGGCUGACGAUGCCGUGGGUCGGUGCGGGCUUUGGCAGCACGCUCACCGUCACGCUUGUCGCGCUGGUCUUGUCCGUGGACCCGAUGGAGGUGGCGCCGGCGUCGGGUGUGACGUACCUCUUCCGCGCGGUGGGCUCGAUCCUGGGCGUAUCGUGUACGCACUCGCUCUUCCAGCGCUCUUUGGCCUGGUAUCUGCGCCGCACUCCGCUGCCUGCGCGUCUCGUCCAUGACAUGCGCGCCGACAUCGGCACGCUUGCGACGCUCACGGGCGCGUCACGCACUUGGGCGGUGUCGGCGUACGAGACGUCGAUGCAUGCCGUCUUUGUAUGGCUGCUCUGCCUCUCUCUCGCCGCCUUGGCAUGCCUGUGCUGCGUCCGAGCACACGUCGCUCCGCCCCAUAGACGCCCCCCAUAG